UGCCGUGUGCGGUCGCCACGCUGCCCACACAAGCUGGAGCGCUCGGUUCCGAAGCCGCGGCGCUUUCUUUUGUGGCUCGCGCGGGAGCAGGAGCGCUACCUCGUUGCCUCACAGGCUCAGCUGUUGCAGACUUGCAGUGGUACACACGUACAUGGGCACAUGUAGCCCCCAUGUGGAUCCCGUUCCCUUCAACCCUUCAACUUCAGAGAUUUCAUUCUUUGUUAUGCGGCAGCUUUGCAGCUAGCUUGUGGUACACUCGAUUCCACCAAAAGUAGCAACACCAACACAUCUGCCAAGAACGGAAGAACCUGAUGUUCUUUGCAUCAGAGAACAAGACAUAAAGCUCUCAAAGCAUCCCAAUUUCCUCUCUUUAUUUCCCUGCUUUCAGAAAAGCAAAGCAUAAUGCAUUUCUUAACCCAGUGCUUGUGACUGCCGUCCAAGCAGCCAUUUUAUUCAGCUGCCAAGAAUAGAUGCACAUCACCCAGCAUGAGAAUACCACCUGACCGAUCACAAUCCUAGCAGAGGCCGGCAGAAGAAUCCAGCCAUGUCCUCAGGUUCAGCGAGGGGGAGUAGCGCCGGCGAGAGCCUCCGGAACUCCUGCAACGACUUCGCCCGGACCCUGGCGAGGCUCCCGGUCAGCAUCAUGGAGGGGCUGUCGAGGUCGAUCCCUCGCCGGGCUCCGUGGAGGAGCCACCACCCGGUUCAGCUCCGGCAGCCACCGCAAGUGCCCCUUCCUCUUCCUCCGCCGUUUGUACCCGAGGAGCUGUUCUUCUUCGGCGUGUUCGAGCAGCAGUACGGCCCCCACCACCCGUUCUUCUACGGGUGCCGUUUCGCCGACGCCCUGAGGGCCGCGCGGAGGGAGGGCAAGCUCGUGUUCGUGUACCUCCACGACCAGGACCACCCCUACACCGAGCCAUUCUGCCGGAGGACGCUCUGCGCGGACGUGGUGGUGGAGUUUCUUGACGCCAACUUCGUGUCCUGGGGAGCCGUCAGCGGCAGGGGGGAGGGGCCGGGCAUGGUCGCGUCGCUGCAGCCCGGCAGCUUCCCGUUCUGCGCCGUCGUCGCUCCCGUUUCCGAUGAAAGCAUCGCGGUGCUACAACAGGUAGAGGGACCAGUUUCACCGUCAGAGCUGGUGGAGAUCCUACAGAGGAUCAUUGAUGAGCAAGGUGCAGCUUUCACAGCCUCUAGGCCCGACGAGCAAGCUGCAGCUGCCAGAUCCUCCAGAACGGCAGAGGAAGAAGAGAGGAGGAGAUCGGCUCUACGACUACGCCAAGAACAGGACGCAGCGUACCUCGAGGCUCUUCGGAAGGACCAGGAGAAAGAAAGAUCGCGGAAGACUAUGCAAGAGGGGAUUGCGAAGCCAACGGCAAACAAUGAUCUUCGCCCAAGAUAUACUGGCCAUGUAGCAAGAGAACCUACCAUGACGGCUCAGAGUAGAUCACCAGCUCAGAAGGAAACUGCACCUUCACACAGAACUGAAGCGAACACCAAGAUAAUGAUAAGAUUUCCCAACGGUGAGAGAAGGCAGCAGAGCUUUCGUCACACGGACACCAUCAGAGAAAUCUACAAGUAUGUUGAUUCCUUGGGCAUACCAGGCAUUGGAAGCUAUCAACUCGUAAGGACCUAUCCAAGGAAGACUUACGGUCAUCAGCAGCUGGGGAUGACUAUUCGAGAUGCAGGUUUCCAUCCAAGUGCGACACUGUACAUCGAACAACUUCAGUAAACAUGCUGUAAUCAUGAAAUUGACAUGGAAUUUCAAGCAAAUGAUGCAAUGGAAAGAUCUGAAGAUACGUGCCAGAAAUUUAGACAAUUUAUCUGUAUAUAUUUCUUCACUGAAAAGCCAGGGGAGAAGCCCCAAACCAGGGACAUGGAAUUUGAU